GACCAAGCCCCCCUACGAGAUCACAGAGACCGGCUGGGGGGAGUUUGAGAUCACCAUCAAGAUCGUCUUCAUUGACCCCAAUGAGAGAUCUGUGACUCUUUACCAUCUGUUGAAGCUCUUCCAGUCCGACUCCAGCGCCAUGCCGAAGAAAACGGUCGUGUCGGAAUUCUAUGAUGAAAUGAUCUUCCAAGAUCCGACUGCCAUGAUGCAGCAGCUCCUGACCACAUCGAGGCAACUCACACUGGGCGCUUACAAGCACGAAACAGAGUUCGGUGAGCUGGACCAGAGGACCAAGGAGAAAAUGGAGGCGGCCAAGAAGAGAACCAGUCAGGAGAUCACCGAGCUGAAAGACAAGUUGAAGGCGAGCAGGGAGAACAUAAACUACCUCAAGAUGGAGAUCAGGAAACUGGAGGAAGACGGAGACCACAAGGAGCACUGAUUGAUGGCCACACCUGACAAAAACUGUUUUUUUUUCGUGAUGAGCCGUUAGCAUGCCAUCAUAAUUUC